UAUACAUAUAUAUACACUUCAAAAUCUAGCUGUUUCAAUCUAUCCAUCUUGCCUAGUGCAAGCGUGCAAAGCCAAAAUUCAAGAAAUCACCUCGCUCCAUCAAGUGAGCAAGCAAAACCGAUCGAACAAGUUCCAAUGGCUGACGAGCCAUGGAGGCUGCCAAACAUAGUGCAAGAACUGGCCGCCGGCGUGCAGGAGCCACCGAGCCGGUACCUGCAAGACCUCGCCGGCGGUGACCAGCUCGCCGGCGCCGAGAUACCGGAGCCCAUCCCGACCAUCGAUCUCGGCCGGCUGUCAGGAUCGGACGGUGCCGACGAGGCUGCCAAGCUGCGGUCGGCUCUGCAGAACUGGGGCCUCUUCCUGGUUUCUAACCAUGGCGUUGAGACCUCACUGAUCGAUGCUGUGAUCGAGGCUGCGAGGGAAUUUUUUCGGCAGCCAGUUGAAGAGAAGAAGAAACUGAGCAACCUGAUUGAUGGCAAGCGUUUUCAGAUAGAAGGGUAUGGAAAUGAUCCUGUGCAAACCAAAGAUCAGAUCCUGGAUUGGUCUGAUCGGCUGCAUCUCAAGGUUGAGCCAGAGUGUGACAGAAAUCUAGCCUUUUGGCCCACACAUCCCAAAUCUUUUAGGGAUAUUCUACAUGAGUACACACUGAAGAUCAAGACGGUCAAAAACGAUAUCCUCCUCGCAUUGGCCAAGCUCUUGGAGCUUGAUGAGGAUUGCCUCCUCAACCAGUUCAGCGACAGGGCCAUCACUACUGCCAGAUUCAACUACUACUCUCCUUGUCCAAGACCUGAUCUUGUGUUAGGCCUGAAGCCUCACUCUGACCUCUGUGCUCUCACCGUUCUUCUCACUGACAAAGAAGUCGGUGGCCUGCAAGUUCUUAGAGAUGGAACAUGGUACAGUGUUCCAGCUGUGCGAGAUUACUCUCUUCUGAUUAACAUUGGUGUUACACUGGAGAUAAUGACCAAUGGGACCUUCAGGGCUCCAUUGCAUAGGGUGGUGACAAAUGCAGAGAGGGAGAGAAUGUCGGUGGCCAUGUUCUACGCUGUGGAUGGCGAGAAGGAGAUAGAGCCGGUGGCUGAGCUGCUGGGGCUGAAGCAACAAUCAGCACGGUACAGGGGAAUCAAGGGCAAGGACUUGUUGAUUGGACACUAUGAACAUUUCUCUCGUGGUGGUAGAGUUGUCGAUUCAUUGAAGAUCUAACGAAGGGUAACCGCAAAGAGUGCUAUUAGUACUACUGUACUCUCUACAUAGAUAAUAUUAUACUACUUGUAAAAACUAUAUGAGCCAUCGAUUUAGUAGGCUAUAAUGGUACUUUUUCGUCUAUACGAAUUAUGCUAUUUUGUAAGAUUGACGUUAUUUCAAACCAUACCAUUUUUUAAAAAAGUUGCUAAA